AUGAGAACAAGCUGGACAGGUGGCCAAAAUCGUCAAGGACCAACUACCUCAAGUAACAAACCAAGCGGAAGAUCAAGUAAGAUAUUAUAUUACCCCUCCAACAAAUUAUUAAUUAAACAAUCAUUACUAACAUUUUUAAAAAUAAAAAAUUAA